AUGGAGGCCUCCGCCGCUGCGGCGGCGGGGCGCCUCGCCCUCCUGGGCUGCUCCGCCGCUGGCCGCCAUCUUCGGCGCCGCGGCUUUACCUCCGCCGCCCCCCGUGGGGUGCCGCCUCGCUUGCUCCUCUUCUCAUCCCUCUCUUUCAAACCUCGUUGGGUCGGCGGCGCCGCCGCGGCCAAAGCCAACAGCCUCGCGUCUUCCUCCUCCCUCAAUGCGGAGGGCUUCUUCCACGCGUGGGAACUCCCGCCCGGAGAGGGCGUUGGCGGGCCUCGCAGCGGCGCCGCCUUCGACGAAGGAGCAGUAUGGACGGCGGUGCUGCUGGGCUGGCUGGGCGCGGAGCACAAGCACCUGAGGAGGUACGCGGAGAUGUACAAGGAAAGGGGGAUCCGCACGGUGUCCUUCGUGGUUCCCGUGGGGGAGCUGGUGCUCGACCUCGGGAAGGGCAUGGAGGGGAGGAUCGCCCGGUUGGCGACCGAGUUGGCGGCGUGGGCGGAGGGCGGGGAGGCGGAUGGCCGCGAGAGGAAGCUCCUCUUCCACACCUUCAGCAACACCGGCUGGUUCACGUAUGUCUUUGCUACCCCGAUCUCUCUCCUUCCUGUUCCUGUCCACAACAAUGAGAUUUUUCUUGCCCAGUUAAGGAUGAAACGUCACAGAUCAUCCCCCGCUCGCAUUCCGAAAUUUUCUGGGAAUGGGAUCGUUUGUGGAGGGCUCCAGAAAACAAAGAGAAACUCUGCGAGAAUUCCAGGGGAAGUACUUGAUUCAGUCAACGUCCCUUGCUCAUUCUCAGAAUUGAACGGGAAUCCAACCAAUGGAGGUUCUGUGUUUCCUGCAAAACCCUUUCUCAAUUCAAGGGUGUGCUUUCUUUUCUUGAAAGAACGAACUCUGAUGUGGAAUCAGCGAGACCUUCCAUAGGGUGACGCAUGUUCAUGCUAGCUCUCCUAGUCUGGGGAACUCUCAGAAGCUGACAUUCUUGCUGCACAAUUCCUCUCCGUCAGUCUGCAGAAGACUUUUUCGAUAUAGAAUGACAGCAAAUUAUCAAUGACUCUGUCCCAGGAAGAAAUAUUUCAUUUUUCGCAGCAAUUCUCUGUUGGCUUGCAUUUUUUUUUUCUCACCGAUUAAUUUCGGUCAGAUGCUUUCUAUCUCACAGAAUUUCCUUCCGAAUGCUCUUUUAUCAUAGAUAUAUAUUUAUAUAGUACCCUGUAGAACUCCAAUGCGCCUGAGUUUUCUCAAAAAUCAUUUCGAUAUGCACCAUGGGGGUAAGCACGGCUUUUCCGCCAUCAAUAGUGGCCAUCGAUGAUGCCCCUUCCAUAUUCAGGAUCCCAAGGUUGUCUGAAGCCUAACUCUGUCCUUAAGAUGCUAUCAAUUCCGGGCGCAGGAUGUCCAUGCUUCGUUCUAAAGUUUAUCCACUAGCACCAUGGAAAAACAGAUUAAAUUAAAAUUGGCAAAUCUGUAUUAAGUGCUUAAGCGCUCAGACUAACGGCUCGAGCAAGGAUAGACACCCUCUUUGUGGGGGGAGGGAGGGGUUGUGAAUCUUCAUUCCCCAUUUAUCUGGAUAAGAGUAAUGGAGAUUAAGCAAGCGGGUGAACCAGCUCCAUCUUCUUCCUCCCUUCCCCUUCACUAGUGGGGAUGAGGGUAAACGGCUGGGAGAACCAGGCUCCCCAAAUGAGUUCUCUUUGUUCUUAGGAAAAGGGUUCUUGCCACUGAUAUUGACUUUUUGUCGGGACGGUCUUCGGUUCACUUUUUGUCGGAGAUUGGUGUUGGGUGACUCAAGAAGGCGGGUAUUCUCAUCGUUUUGCAGUUAUGGCGCCAUUCUCGAGAGCCUUCGUUCGAGGAGCGAUGUUCUUGAGAAGAUCAGAGGAUGUGUGGUCGACUCUGGAGCGGAUCCGGAGAUAAACCCUCAGGUUGGUUUUUUCAAGCGCUCACCGAUGAUUGUAGUGGGUGACGGUCCAAACAUUUCUUCAUCGUCGUGGUCGUCAUGAUCGUCACCCACCAGGCGACUGCAAGACCUAAUAUUUUCUUGCUAAAGAAAUCCCAGUUCUUGCCGCCCGGCUGUUCAUGUACUGUAUGUAUUCGUGCCCUUUAUUAAUCCUCAUAUGUAGGUUUGGGCAGCGGGAUUCUCUGCCGCCCUACUCAAGAAGCGCAGUCUAUGGGCGAAUGCAUCGGAGGAGUUUCUCCCGGGCAGGGCUCCUCCUGGUGGUGGGGAGGGCAACAAGGACGCUCAAGCUGCUGUCAGACAAGGCCUUUCGGAGCUCAUCGUUCUCUCCAUUUUAGAGAAGUUCUUCUCGCUCGUCCUGAGACUGCCGGACGUGAACCAGUUCGGCCUCUCGCUCUGCGUUUAUUACAAUCAAGUCGGGUCAGAAAAGAUUCUCGGGAUAAUCUCAUGGUCAAUGUUUCUUACUCUCUCUCUCUCUCUCUCUUGCAGGAGGCUGAGCAAGAUCAUCUCCAUUCUUUCAAAAGACCAGCCUCCCUGCCCGCAGCUCUACUUGUACAGCUCGGCCGACCGGGUCAUCCCGGCGAGAUCGGUGGAGCUCUUCAUCGAGGCGCAGAGGGGCAUGGGACGGGAGGUCCACGCCCACGACUUCCGAGUGUCGCCUCACGUCGACCAUCUGAGGGCCUUCCCUCUCAUUUACUCCGCCAAGCUCUAUGACUUCCUCAAGAAUUGCGCCGCCAGGCGGUUGUGA